AUGGCCGACAACAACUCGACAGGGACAGCUCAAGUCCGCAGAUCCAAGAGAUCGAGCGACGCCAUCUCCCCCAUCAAACCGACACAGGCAAUAACGCCCUCCAGAAAGAGACCUCAGAAGAGAGCCCGGUUCUCUGAACCACUCCCCGCUCAUGGAACAACCGGUCUGACUCCCGCCGUGGGCAAGGCCUCCCUGAAAACCCCCAAGCUCAGAAGAGUGUCCACCCCGGCCAUCACCCGGUACAGGGACCACGACGAGAUCCAAUUCACCCCAUUCCGCGAAGUGCUCGACGCCAGAACCACCAGACGGAUUCGGCGACAUGGCCUGAGCGACGAGAUGAAUCGGUACCACGCGGAGCACAAGUCCAAGGACGACCUGCAGCGCCGACUCGAGCAGAAGAACAAGGAACUCCAAGCUCUCAAGGACGCGUUGGAAGCUUCGAAGCUCCGUGAGGUCUCUCUCCUGCAAUGUGACCCGGUCGGGAGCCAGCAGCGAAUCACCGAGUUGGAAGCCGAAGUGGCAGAAUUGACCCAGAGGUCCAACGACGACGAUUUUGGACCCGGCGGCACCAGCUCACCGCGUUUCAGCGAUGGAGACGAGGGCUUCCAUAUCCAUGAGGAUGACUCCGCCGGCAACGAAAACCACACCACCGAUGUAGAGGAUGACGCCGCUGUAGGACUGGAGCUCGAGUCUGCGCGACAGGAAAAGCAAGCUCUCUUCCGAUCGAGCCAGGGCUCUUUCACGAGCACCAUACACUUUGCGGACUCACCUGCUCGUUCUUUCAGCGCAUCACAGACGAACCCUCACCGCCCUGAGAUUCCCACUCAAGAAAUAUCCAAGGAACUCCACGCCGCCAUCAAUCGAGCCGAGGAAGCCGAACUGGCGCUGCAAACCUUGACCACCGAAAUCAAGUCCCUCGGGUUUCCCUGCGACAGCGACGAUGCCAAUGAAUGUAUCGCCGGCAUCAAGACACACUUCCGCAACAUGCGGUUCGAGCUCGAACGGGCCGUUCCCGGGGAAACGGUCAUGUCCUUGAAUUAUGUUCGCCUCAUGCCCGAAAUGCUGUCAAAACUCAAAGCCAUUGCCAGGCAAGUGCGUGACCGUGAGACCGAGCUGAAGUCGAUGCGAGAACAGCAGCGGUCUUUGCGGGGCAAUUUCGACCAUGCACUGGUUGCGGCGGAAAAAGCAAACAAUAGAAUCAAAGAACUAGAGGACGCCAUCGACAAGAACGCCGAGGAGAUGCUCGAGCAGCGCAUGCGAGCCCAGGCGCUCGAGCGCGAGGCUGCGGAGCACGAAGCCAACAAACAAAGACUCAUUGCAGCCAUGGAGAAAUUGCGGCGAGAAGUCAAACGCCAGGAGGACUUGUUCGAGCUGGUCGAAGCGGAACAAGCUUCCCGACUACAGGACGUGAGAGCCGCGACGACGGCGGAAUUCGCCCAGCAACUCUCCGAUCUGGACGCCAAAGUCGCAGCCGAGACGCGCGGGCGGAGGGCGGCCGAAGAAUCUGCCGUCGAGCGACUGAAAAAGAUCAACGAACUCGAAUCGGCCCUGUCCGCGGCUCGCCAGUACUCGGAAGACACCAAGGAGCAGCUGGAGAACCUCAAGAGCCAGCUCAGCGUGUCGGAUCGCGAGCACCAAGCCGAAGUCGAGGCGCUGAAUGCCCGGGUGCAGAAACUGAAGAACAUCAACACCCAACUCGAAGCGAACUGGAAAGACGAAAGCGCCAUGAACGAAGAGAUCCUCCGACGCAAUCAUCAAGACCAGCUCCGCACCCACAUGCAAUUUGAGAAAGACAUUAAGAAAUACAUCCGGGGUGCCAAGGUGCGGCACGCGAACUGGGAAUUGGAGAGCGACGACAUGCGCAGUGACGAGAUACCCGGCGGCGAAGGACCCAUGACGCCGGCCAGCGUGGUGCGAUUCUCCGAAUUCUCACAGGUCGACGACACGGAUAGCGACCACGCAGACGAUCACGUCCAGGGCAGCGUCGAAUUGUCCCGGGGCAAAAAGCACCGUCGCCACCACCGCUCGUCGUCGAUUCUGCUGCCUUCAGCCUCGGCUUCGGCAUUCCCUGCAGCUGGCAUCCUCAAGAAGCGAGGCAGGAGACGGUAUGACAGUGGAAUCGGCAUGGACUCUCUCAGCGAGGCCGAAGACGACGAUGUCGCAGAUGAUGUCGACGCAAAUAUGCAGCAAAACGGUGUCAUGACCCCAGAUUUGAGCUCCGAGGGCGAGGAGAUCGACUUUGAUACUCAUCUUGACAUGAGGGUGUAA